GAAUGUAACAGCAACAAACCCACAACAUGGACACCAAAUAACAGUCUUGAGUGUAGUGACAACAACACAAUGACCAGAAAUGACCGUUGCACAAACGGAGAAUGCCGAGGACAACCAUUUACAUGUUUACCAUGCCAGGAUCAUCACAACGACGCAUGCCGAAUAAAAACUGGCUAUUGCGUCAUUAACUAUAACAAUGUCGACACAUGUUUUACUGCUAAUACGGAAAAACCAGAAAAUCCAUGUCAGGUAGAGUGCUUGAUGUCAUAAUUUCUUGCAGAAAAGGCAUUUAUACAUGCUCGAAGUCUAGUUCGUCCCGCGUUGGCGGGAUAGAGGAUCCCAGUUACAGAUGCAGGGAUCCCGACUAGGCGGGAUGGAAGUAGGGUCAUAUAACCACAAUAUAAUAUGUAUACUAGUAGGACUUCGGCAACUGUCUCGUCCUGCCUAGCCGGAACAUAGAAACAAACACUUGGUGCCUUCGUCAGGCUGAUCUGAUGUCGCGACAAGAUGUCGUGAAAGAGGGAGGGCAUUUUCCCAGUCAGACAGACAACACAUUUGCUGAAACCCUUUCCCAGAAACAAAAUACUAAUAUAUGAAAAUCCCAUCCCCAUGCAGUGGUCCGAAUUCCACUUUCCCAGUAAAAAAUAAACAAAUACAAGUUACAAAUUUUUCUUCAUCGCAACCUCCAAAAAGUUCUUAUAGUUAUACACUUGAGAGAUCAUGUCAACGACCAAAACGUGGGGGCAUGUCUGAAGACCAUGGCUGUUCAUGAUACGUUCAAAUAUUCUGACUAAAUUAAUAAUUUAUGAAUUAUAAAUUACAUUAAAAUACUCACGUGGAGUGACUUUAUAUCUGAUAAAGCAUGAGGCAUUAUAUAAUUGUUCAUCCUAAUUAGUAUGAUUAUAUAAUGGUUCAUCCUAAUUAGUAUUCUUUUGUAGUCUAUUUUAAGCCAUGCAUUUAAAGCACUUGUAGUCGUGUUUUAUCAGAUAUAAAACGCUCGGCUGCGUUUUAUAUCUGAUAAAACACUCCUACGCGUGUACUUAAUUGUUUUGGCAGUGUUAUACCGCGCAUGAGAAUAUUUGUAAAUACUCAUACGGCUUAUAGAUUGACAAUAUUUAUAAUUUAUAGACCCGAAGCGAGGGAGAUUGGCUAAAUAUUACCCGAAGUGAUGAUGUCAUCACAGAGGGUCUAUAAAUGAUAUAUUAUACCGAAAGUUAAAGAACCCACUAAGUUGAGAAUAAAAUUGUUGAAUAACUAAGCGAAUACAAUGUUUAAUUUCUUAUUUAUACCUGCAUUUUUAAUGUUUUCUCUUUAAUCAUUAAAAUAUUUAGCGGGUAUCCUUCUGAUCAUUGAAGGUAACAUACCUCUUCAAAAUCCUUAGUUAAAUCAAUAAAUAUUUCAUACAAAAUUAACGAACAACAGCUCAUGCACGAACGCCAUAUCUCAGCGCGUGGUGUACGAGCUGAGCGAGCGCGAGGUACUAUAAUAUCCACGGUGAUAUAUUAUAAUAAUAUUAUACCUCAACUUCAAAUUGUCCAAUCAGAAAGCUCAGUUCGUGGCACGUGAGCACGAAAUUAAUCACGACAUCACGCCUUAUGUCAUCAAUUAGCAAGCAUGCGUUCCUUUUGACAAUGUUCCACCCCAUGUUCCCCAGAAGCAUGGGGUUGAACAUUAUUCGCGUAGACCACGAGAGACAACACGCAUGACAAAAGAUGGCCGACAAAAUAAUAGCAAGGAGUGAUGAAUAAUUAAAUUUUAAUUUUAAACAGUUUUUUUUUAAUUUUGAAGCAAAUUCGAAUUUAAAUUUUGAAGCGAAGUCAAUAAUAUUCCAAACGAUAGGUGAUUCGAAAGAAAAGCGACGAUACUUGCGUUAAUCCAAAAAUAAACAUCGUAUUCACGAAGGUAUGGUCAAGUUUUAUAUUCUCAACUUGGAGGCAUUCAAUUUUCGGGGCAAUAAAUAUCCAUAACUAAGUAUCGAUGGCGAUGAUGUUUGAACUUCCUACCAAAACGUCUGUUUUUAAUCUUUCAGUGGUGUCUACCUGAAGUAAGUACUACAACUUGGACAAGCAAGCAUAACGUUUCAUGCGACGACGGACACAGAUGCACAAAGUCAGACACAUGUAAAAAUGGUCAAUGUGAAGGGAUCAGUUUUACAUGCAAUAAUGAUUGUCAGUCCUGUAAUGGUAGUGGCUGUAGUUUACACAUUGGUUAUGGAUAUAUAACAGGCAAAUGUACUUGCAAAAUAGCAGGUAGAUCGAUAUGUAACUUAAACAGUUUUGUUGAUUUCCUAAACUACUAAAGCCAUAGAGAUUAUAAAAUAAUAGAGCGGGCUUUGUGGGAAAAAUCUAGCGACACACUGAUCAAGCUUCCAAUUCCCAAUGGAGCUAUUUACGCUGCCUAACGUCUCGUUCGCCGGAUAUAAAGUCUCGUUACCGGAUCCAGUUACAGCAAUGAAAAUAAUAAACUUUGAAAAAAUAGAUUUUUCCGUUGUUACGGUGUAGUUAAAGCAACGACUAAAAGCUCAAAAUCAACAAGAAUUACCUGGACUUUAGUGUAAAACAAGUUUUGAACGUUAGAAAUGUUUCGAUUUUGUUGUGUGUUGAAUGGCCUGUUUGCUUCGUUAGCUUUCGACACGUCCAAAUUUUUGUCAUUUUCUAUAAUACAGAACGGAAACUCUUCAAUUUGUUUCCACAUAUAAUAAUACUAUAACAGUAGACUGUCGAUAUAACCAGGAUUGAGUACUUGAAGGCACUUGAAUUGAAGGAAGAUGGUGCUUGCACUUUUCUUGGUGUUCGCACAUUAAUUUGACCUCCCAUUUAUAGCAAGUUUCAAAAUGUCUCUUUCGUUUGAGUAAAUUCAUUCUGUAAUGCCCACUUCAUUCUUUUCAAUCUCAACGAGUGAAGCAAUAAAACAUCACAUGUGGAAAUUCUCAUAAAAAGUUGCCUAAACUGAUGGGUUUUAGUUCAUAAAAUUCUUAAAAUACCAAAGAUAUAACUAUCUUUAUUAUUAGCAUAACAAAAUUACUGGAUGCUGAUUGGUUGAGAGGAGUACAAUUAUUUCAUUAAUUGUACUGCAGUACAAUUAAUGAUUUUCUCAAAACAAACAAAAUGGCGGAAAGGUAUUUUGAACGCGAAUGUGAAAUGAAAUUGCUCUUGAGGAACUAGAUGAAAAUACGAACAAAAGCUCCAAAUUUUGCUUUAGCAAAAGAACUAAAUGAUAAUACGAACGAAAGUACCAAAUUUUGGUUGAAAGUCUGGCAGGACUGGGCUUUGGCGAGAGAAUAUGAUGUUGACGGAGAAGUAUACAAUUUCGUCAUAUGCUAAUAGUAAACAAGUAAUCAUGCGAAGUUGCUCGUACAAUUAGGGAUUAAUAGUACUCGUGAUGUUUGGAAAUUUGCAAAAAUUUCCAAACAUCACUCGUACUAUUAAUCCCUAAUUGUACUCACCAUCGCAUGAUUACCUAUACAUAUAUUUCUUUAGGAAAAGACUACAAUCAUCAACAGCUCAACCCAAGUAAUGAAUGCCAAUGGUGUGACAUAUAUGAUAACACAUCCAAACCAAUUCUCGCAUGGUCAAACCGACCAUCAGUUGUUUGCAAUGAUAAUAACGCCUGCACAAAGCAAGACCUCUGUCAAAAUGGCUACUGUGUGGGUACCGAAUACAGCUGUCAAGUAUCCUAUCCGCAGUCCAGUUGUAUACAGAGUUCUCAAUGUAUUGGUGAUGGGACAUGUAGAAAUAUAAUGAAGAGCAACGGGACAAUAUGUCGCUCAGCUAUUGACGAGUGUGACCAAUCAGAAAGGUAAGAAAAUAGAACAAAUCAUAGCAGAAUCCUAACAUAACACGGAUUACAAAAGGUCAGGCAUUUUGAAAGAGGAUGGGUGGAUAUUGAACAGCGUAAAUGGUAGGCGACUAGUUUGCACUGUUGAUAAACAUACUGUAUAAUAGUAAUGAGUGAUAAUUGUUGUGUAGGAUAAGUAGUAGAUCAGCAGAUUAGAUAUGUAUAUUGUUUUCUAUAAUAUUAAAUUUUAUAGUACGCUAGUAUAUGCAAAAAGCCUAAGGGAUAGGCUGAUCAUUGAUUGGCGUGUUUCUAUAACUGUAUAGAAACAAGGGAAAUUUCCUAUGUUGCAGCAUUUAUUUCAAACGUAAACAAAACAAUGAUAUGUUUCUGAUGUUACUCUGAAAUCGAAAAAAAAUUUGAGAACACCAGUUUAAUUUACACCCAAAUGAAGGAACCACAAGACAAGAAAAGAAUUCUUUGUUUAAAAAAAAAAGAACUUGACAAGUUAUGCUGGCAAACCGAUCGACUGGAUUUUAUGCUGUUUGUACAAGUUUUUGAUAUCUAUUGUUAUACUUAAAAGUGCUUGAUAUUGAUACAAAACCACGAACAUUACAAAGCUGAAGGAAUGAGAAUUAUAGGGAAUGGGUAUAAACUGGUUUCUUCAGAUAUAUUAUAAAAGAAAUAGAAACAUUUUUCACUGUGUUUCUAUACAGUUGUAAAAGACUUGUGGUAGUUACUAGGGAAAACUCGAAAGAACUCACCCUUCGUACUCGUGUUCCCGCUGAUUAUUUCUCGUUCUCCCCAACUCCCACGCGUGUUUCUAUAACUGCAUAGAAACACGGAAAAUGUUAUCUAUUUCUCAAAUGUAGAUAGGUAGGAUGGGUUGGAUAUGCUGUAGAUUGGUACAUAGUUAGGUAGGUAAGUAGGUUGGUAGAUUCGGAAGCAAGUUGGCAGGUUGGUACAUAAGUUGGUAAGAAGGCGGGUAGGCGGUUAGGUAGGUUGAUAAAGGUAUGCAGGUAUAAGUAUAGAUAGGUAAGUGGGUAGGUAGAGCAUGUAGGUAACAUGAAGCCAGGUAGUCUGCUGGAUGGAUAUAGGUAAUGUGUUAUUGUCGCAUUUAGAGCAGACAAGUUAGUCCAAAGAGUGUGACAUUAUUAAAUAACACAUCGAUUUAUAACUUUACAUUACGUGGGACUGCCUAUAGCAGAGUAUAACAAGCUUUCGUUGGUAGGGAUGCAACUACCUGAAAAACACAAAGCGAAAUUCGACGUUCCGACGAAGGGCCUAAUUGACUCAAAUUGACUCGACUUGCAUCCCUACAACGACAGCUUGUUAUUAUUUGCACUACGUACCUACACUCGCACAGACCUUUCAAGAUUAUAUGGCAGAAUAUUUAGAUUUGUAAUCGUAGGUGCGUAUAAGUAGAGAUACAGUCAUUGGCAGAAAUUGAGAUGGAAGUAUUAGGAAAAAUCACAAGAUUGUCAUGCAAUUCAUCGCAAUAUCGUACUAAUUCCACACACUACUGAUUUCCAUAGAUGCAACGGCGUAAUAGGAACAUGCCCACCAGCAGUUAUGAACCCAAUAUAUCUUCAUGAAGGUCAGGCAAGUCUAACACUUUCAAGCUUCGCGACAACUAUUGUAUUCCAGUCAAGCACAGACAAAUUACAUCUCCAACUCAGCGGCUUUUCUGUCACUUGUGGUUCACUCACUGUUAGAUGGUCCUUAAUAAAAGCUGAAGACAAGUGCAACCUUGACCGAAAUAAUGCAACACUUUCUUCCAACUCAAAUAAUCAUAUUCUCGUCGGCCUUAAUUUAGAGAACAUAGCCACGUAUAAAGUCGUUGUCCAGGCAGACAAUAUUCGUGAACAACUUGGUUUACCUGUGUGCAGUAAUCCGGUUACCAUAGAUACUAGCACGCCAACUGGUGGUUGGGUGUAUGAUGGUGCAGGCUCUAUUGAUAUUCAGUAUCAAUCAAGUACGUCGUUCAGAGCGUCAUGGGGAGGGUUUCAAUCAACCUACGGUAUUGGAAAGUACGAAGUCGCUAUGCAGUACCAACCACAGUCUUCUAACAAUCAAAUUGAAGUACAGGGCUUUAUAAAUGUAAACUUGAACGUCUCGUUCAGCAAAACAAUUGCAACAAUCCCAGACGGCAGCGAACUCACAACAAAAGUACGAGCAUACACGAAAGCAGGAUUAUAUACAGAAAUCGCCAGCAAUGGUGUAACUGUGGAUACAUCAGAACCAUUACCUGCAUCAGUCUCUGACGGCUCGGACCUUUCGUCAGAUCUGGAAUAUGCUGAUUGGACUUCCAGCUACACUAUAAGUUGGGAAAAGUUCACAGAUCCUCAUACGCCUAUUGUGAACUACAAGAUCGGUGUUAAGCGAAAGAAUGGUGGCUUUGUAUCAGCAGGAUUAACAUCGGUCGGUAUAAUAUACCAGUCUGUAGUUACAGGCUUACCUAUUGUCUCGGAAGAAGAAUAUUGUGCCAUCGUCGAAGGCGAAAACGCUGCUGGACUAAAAGCUCAAGCUUUUUCAAACUGUUUGCUCAUUGAUCACGACGCUCCAAGACAUGGAGCUAUUAAUGAUGGCUUGUCUGACGAUAUUGACUAUCAGUCGGGUAAUACAGUAUUCCACGCCAACUGGAACGGAUUUGACGACGGCACUCAUGGUAGCGGACUCGCAGACUACAAAUACAUACUAACAGAUCAAAAUGACGUGAAUGUCACAUCAUGGACCUCCGCGGGCUUACAAACGAAUGUUUCAAUCUCAGGGAUAAGUCUCGUAGACGGUAAUACUUAUUACAUGACAGUUCGAGCAAUCGACAGAGUGGGACAUGGCAAAGAAAUGCAAUCAGAUGGAGUGUACAUUGACACAACUCAUCCAGUUUAUACUGGCAAAAUAGUCGUUCAAGGCGAAACGGCACAAAAAGGCAACGAGUCAGUUGUUUACAUUCAGAUUAAUGAGUCCAUAACAGCUUCUUGGCCUCAGUUUGUGGACGCCCACAGUGGAAUGAAGAAAUACCAAUGGAGUAUUUUUAAAAAUCACGAACAACCAACAGAAUGGAAAGACGUGCCAGGAAUUAAUCUUGCGACAAGAGCAGUGUUUCGGUAAGCGUAAAGGCAAUACUGCAUGUAACUAUUUCCAAAGGGUAAGCUACAUGCAAUUUCGUAUUAAAUUGUUAAAACUGAAACUUUCAUGAUCCACAUCACGACUCAAAAUGCUUUAGCAUCGUUUUGCGUUGCGAAUCGCAGUGCAGCAUCGAGUUAAAACUUGGCAGAAAAGCUAAAUUAAAGGCCUAAGAAAUAGGGUGAUCAAACGCGGAUUCUGACUUUCUUUGCAUCUUGAAAUAUUUUGUACAACUAAAAAAUAUUAUACAAGAAGACUUUACAAUGUUUAAAAACAGCUUAAUACAGGUUCCCCAAAGUUAAAAUUCUCAUUAACCACUUUCUUAUAAUAGGUGGCAGAAGUUUAAACAUCACAUUGUUACUUAAAGUAACAACACUAAGUCAGUUCCCUCAAAUAUUUCUUACACAUCCUUCAAAACUAAAAAUUUACCUAUGCAAAAUUCAUACUGUAAUCACAGAAACUUUGAUAGUCUUACUGUAAACCAACCUUUAUUUAAGACAAUGAUUAUUAUUGCAAUGCUUUUUUAGACCUCUCUCACUAACCAAAAACACUGAAUAUCGACUAACCAUUCGCGGUAUCAACAACGCUGAUCUGCACACACCUAUCAUAUCACCUAUAAUAAUCCCUAUCGGAGCAAUAUCUGGACUUGGGACGGUCUCCGACGGUCACGACCCAUUGACUGACAUCGAUUACCUAACAAACACAUCCGAAGUUCACGCGACUUGGGAAGGCUUUGAAACACAUGAUGGAACAAUUCGAGCUUAUUUCUUUGCAAUAGGUAGCUGCACGAAAGGUAAUUACCAUGUGACUAACAACCAGUUCAUGCCAGUUACACCGCCAACAGCAACCUCAUUUGGAAUUCAAGGUCUGCACCUCGUGAACGGUCAGCGAUAUUGUGUCAAAAUAAAGGCAGAAAAUUUUGCAGCUGUUGAGAGUGACGUAGUCUCUUCAAAUGGAUUUAUUGUGGAUGUCUCCCCUCCUGAUCUGAGGCAUGCGAUGGUGUUCGACGGACAGGGAGAAGACGAUAUAGAUCACCAGUCAGAUAGUGCGGAGUUAUCCGCUACAUGGACCGGAAUUCAAGACCAUGAAUCUGGCAUACAACACUUUGAGGUCGCUGUCAGUCGCAACAGAGCAGGCCAACCGGAUGUAACGUCAUUCAUAGACGCUAGCCGCAAUACGUACUCUACAGUAACUGCACUGAGUCUUAACAAUGAAGUGUAUUACAUUAUACUAUGUGCCAUAAAUAACGCAGGAUUAAAGUCGUGUUUGGCUUCAGAUGGCGUCCUCAUCGAUCCGACACCUCCAACGUCUGGCGUCGUACAUGACGGGAUACUUGAACCAGAUAUUCGCUAUCAGGCGACUACAAAUAAGUUGAGUGGAAACUGGGAACGAAUUUGGGAUUUGGAAAGCAGGGUAAAAAGAUUUGAAUGGGGGAUUUCGGGGGAAGAAGGUCUUGUUCAAGAAUUUGUUGAUGUUGGACUUCAGACUCACGUUACAUCGAAGAAACCUCUACAGCUAAAACAUGGCAACAAUUAUACUAUAUUCCUGAGAGUCUAUAACAGAGCUGGUGUAUUGAAAAAAAUAUCAUCCAAUGGCGUCAUUAUUGAUACAACACCACCAGUUCCAAGUGAAAUUAUACCAAGGUUAUCUCCAUUGGAAUGGCGUUUUUCUGAACAAACUGCAACAUAUUAUUCAUCUAGUGCGUCAGAUAUUUACGUUACAUGGAAGAACUUUGAAGAACUGGAAAGUGAAAUAUGGUACUACAAGUGGGCGAUAGGGACAUCGAAAUACGGCACCCAACUUCAACCAUUGAUAAAUAUCGGCUUAGUCACAAAUGCUAAUACCUCCGGGAAUGGACUAAAUAUCCGUCCGGGGAUUCGUUAUUUUGUCACUGUGAUUGGAAGAAAUCGAGUUGACCUCGUUUCAGGUAACUGUUCAUGGCCUUUCCUUGUUGAUUACAGCGCGCCUCGUACAGGGAAUAUCCGUAUAAAAUCACCUUCUGGAAUCCGGAAGGAUUAUUUCAGGUCAGACAAUAAUAUCCACGUCAGUUGGUCAGGAUUCGAAGAUCCGGAAAGCGGAAUAGAAAAGUACGACAUUUCAGUGGUACAUAAUAACAGAGAGAUUUCAAAUUAUUCUCGGACAUCUAUUGAUGCCGAACUGGAAAUACUCAUAGAUACAGGUUUUCUGUCUCCGAGAAAUGACUAUAGGAUUGUUGUGAAAUCCAUAAAUUACGCAGGCCUCGAAUCAUUUGCGACUUCAACACCGUUUAUCAUCGAUAAUACACCACCUGCCUACACCGGAAACGCAAACGACCUACCAAAGCGCUAUUUUUUGCCAGAUUCAAAUUUAUUAGAAGUUGCUUGGGCAGCCUUCGAAGAUCACGAAAGUCCCGUCGAAUUUUAUGAAAUUGGUAUCGGAAGACAGAAAUCCGGUGAUGAUAUAUUCAAGUUUACUAAAACUGGUUUACGUAAACAUUUCAGUUUUCGUAGUUUAGAGAUUACAGACAAUCAGACGUUUUAUGUAACCGUCAACGCUUACAACAUGGCCGGCCUCGAGACUUCGCUGUCGUUAGAGGAAAUCACUUUUGACCAGAGUCCGCCUACUGGAUAUAACGGAUGUGUCAGAGACGGUUUAUUACACGAAGAUAUCGACUAUCUGUCGUCAGGAAACACUGUUUCUGCUACCUUGCAAGGUAUCGAGGACUUAGAAAGUAGAAUAAGCAAAAUUGAGUAUUGUGUUGGUAGCACGCCAUUUAACUGCUUCAUAAAACCUUUCACAUCACUCGGUCAAAAUAUGUCGUUUGUUUGUACGGAUUGCAAAAUAGAUCAUGGAAUGACAGCUUUUGCCACAUUUCGUGUAACAAACGGAGCAGGUUUGUUCACGAUAUUUGUCUCCGAUGGUGUUACAGUUGACUCCACUCCUCCCGAUAUACAAUUCGUUUAUGAUGGUAAAAAGGCGGAUUAUCCUGACGUGGAAAAGACGUACAGUAAUUGGACACCAACUGUCACGUGGCACGGAGCACGAGAUGUACAAAGUGGCUUACGCAAUUGCCAGUGGAUGAUUGUAAAGAAAGAUGGAAACACAACUAUCAGCGUCUAUGUGAAGACGCUUCAUAAAGCUGAAAUAACUUACAACAUACGCCAUACCGAAAGAGCUACUGACCCGCUUACACUUUCGACAAACUCUUCAUAUUUUAACGUCAUCCAAUGUUGGAACCAUGCAGGGAUCACUAUUGAUCAGUAUUCCAAUGGCUGGUCUGUGGUUGAACAAUGGCCUAUUCCGUCAUACAUCAUAGAUGGCCCGGGACCACAUGACAUGAAAUAUGACGUAAAUGGGGAAAAUCUUCACGCCUCAUGGGGCGCAUUCCAGGCUGAUUCAAAAGACCCUAUAAUAAAGUACGAGUGGGCUGUUGGUACGUUUGGGCAAGUUGACGACACCCUAGAAUUUACAGACGUAGAACUUGAUACAAAAGUUGCAUUAUCAUUGUCAGAAAGCGAUAUCAUAUUAAAGACGGGGGUUGAAUACUACAUAACUGUGCGGGGAACCACUUUGAGCGGAUGGAACAGCAACAAAACUUCAAACGGCUUUGUCGUCGAUACAACUUCUCCGACUGCUGGUAUUGUGAAGGUAGAUCAUCAUAUUUUAAACCAGCACACCAAUGAUGUUGAGUAUAGAAUAUCGUGGGAAGGCUUUGCUGAUUCCGAGACAGGAAUUGCCAACUAUGCAUAUUGUUUGGGUUACAUUUACGAUGUUUGCUCGACAACUGUCUUCAAUGCAGGGCUGGCUUUUCAGGGCACAGUGCGGAGUUUUCUUCCUGAAGUCCAAGAUAAUUCAUUCUACGGUAUUGUCAUUGUAACAAAUGCAGCAGGUCUGAAAACAAUCGUUAGUUCAAAUGCUGUCAAAAUUGACUUCACCCCUCCCGUAACUGGAAGUGUGCUUGAUGGAGUUAAUAUUGACCUGGACUAUAUCAAUUCUAGCGUUACUUUAGCGGCGACAUGGUCCGCGUUCACAGACCCCGAGACUGGAAUUGAGAAAUGCACUUUAACUAUCAAUGAAGAAAACCCCAUUAAGACCGAGUCUAUAACGAUGAAAGUAAGGGUGGACGUUAAUACGACUGGCUCCAUAAUCCAUGAUUUUGUUAUGAUAUCAGGCCUUCAGUACGUUUCUACCAUAACGUGUGAAAAUUUUGACGGAUUUAGAUCUUCAGAAUCUUCUAAUGGUGUUAUCGUCGACGACUCCCCUCCUAUCCCGGGCACAAUACUUGACAAAAAUUCCCAACCCUUUGAAAACCAAUAUCAAUCAUCCACAAGUGAGAUUCACGUCCGUUGGACCGAUGGAUACGAUCUUGAAAGUGGCAUAAUGGAGUAUUUAAUAGCCGUGGGAUCUGGGUCAAAUGAGGACGACAUACGCGAAUUCUUUUCAAUUGGAUUAGCAAGAGAAAUAAAUAUUAAAAAUCUUACCAUGACCUCUGGUUCAACUUAUUACAUUACUUUGCAAAUUGUGAAUAAAGCUGGCGUGACGUCACGUGUUUCUUCAACUGGCAUAACAGUUGACACGACUCCACCGGAAAUAAAAGAGGUAAUACUAUCAAUCUAUAGAUAUUAUUACAUAUAUAUCACUUUAGGUACUGAUAUUGCAAUACAUUGGGUUAAUUUAAAAAAUAAUCAGGCCGCCAAUUGAUAACAUUGUGUGAUUUGUUUUACUACAGGAUUAAGAUAAUUAUAAGCAUGAAGGGGUUUUUUAAAACUUGUAUUUGGAAAUAUCCAUUGAUGAUUUUCAGUGUAUUACCAAUAUUUUUCAGAUAAAACUUCAACGGUCUGGAACCGGAUAUAUGGGUCCUAAAGAUAAUCUAAGUGGAAAUUGGAAAACAUUCGACGAGGAAAGCAAUAUCGACUUUGCUGAAUAUUGUUUUGGUACAACUAGAGGAGGGUGCAAUGUACAAGACAUGCAUCUUGCAUUGGACAAACAAAUGAACGUAACCUGCCUUGAUUGCAAACUGAAGCACGACUACACUUAUUUCAUGACUUUUCGAGUCUGGAAUAAAGCGGGUUUGUUUAACCUGGCUACAUCAGAAGGAAUUACAGUAGAUUUGACGGCACCAGUUGGAGGCAAAGUAUCAUUAAAUAAAACGUAUAUGUCUUGUAUUGGUCGUUGCGGUCUGACCGCAGAAUUUAGUGGAUUUAAAGAUGAAGAAAGUGGUGUGGGAAUUUGUGAAUUUAGCAUUAAAACCGUAAAUGAAGAAACAGUUUUGCAUGUUCAACCUACGACAAAUGAAAACCAAAUAGAAGCCAAUGAUUUAAUAUUCCAACAUGGUGAAAGUUAUAAAAUUACUGUUGCGUGUUAUAAUACCGUGGGAGAGCGAAGUUUGGAUGUUUUCUCGCCACCAAUACGAAUUGAUAAUGUGCCACCAGAAAAGGUAAGACGUGACCGUAGUGAUACAUAUACCGAAUAUCUAAAAAUCACAUCUUCGACGCCCUGCAUGUGGCUAGGAAAAACUGAGUUUAGAUUUACAUGUUUGAAAGCACGCUGCAAACGGCACAGGCGGAUAUUCUUGGCAGAGUUUUAUUUCCUUUUGCCCGCUUCAUAUUUUCUUUCUUGUGUCAAAAGUAUAAUUUUACAAUACUGUUUUAACAUUAACAUGCCAUUUUUUACUUUUCAGCGAUGUUACAGUAAUUGCCUGGUGUUUGAUGACUGUUUUAAUAAAAAUGAAGCCAUAAUACAAGGAUUGUAAUAAUUUCUUCACAUUCGAAUUCUUUACAAGGGCUCGAAUGCUGCCAUUUUAUAAAAUUACAUUAAAUAAUAUUAUUCAAUUUAGGGUUUUGUGAUCAUAAGUCCUAAUCGAAAUCAUGAUGUUCAGCGUCAGCAUGUUGGCUGUCACUUUUUGAAUACGACAUUGCGGGUUUACUGGUCCGAAUUUCAAGACAAAGAGUCAAGCAUCGCCGGAUAUCGCGUUGCUAUUGGACGAAGACCACUUGGAUACGAUAUCAUUCCCUAUACAUAUGUCGGUAUUGUCUCAGAUGCAAAGUUUGAUCUUGGCGAAAAAUAUGGUCUGUCUCUGGGAGAAACAAUCUUUGCAACAGUAGAAGCAACAAAUAAAGCAGGUCUUUCAAGCGAAGUUUCAUCGUUGCCUACUCGUUUAAUAUCUAAUACGGACAGUAACCUUGUUACUGAGCAAGACUUCUUAUGCGUUAAUGUUUAA